AUGGCAAUGUUUCACAUAAUAUAUUGGAUUGCACUGUUACUAUUUAUCCACGCUACUGUCGCUUUCCAAGGGAAUUCAUGUCCAAGAACGGAUCGGAGGCUUCAAUCACCGGCACUAAGAAUACGGAACGACGACGAGAAUGGAAGCGAGGAAGCCUCGGAAAGCCGCCGAUCGUUUUUGCUUGCUAUUGGCCUGGUGCCACUUGUGGCUCAGGCGGAACCUGCCAGUGCCGCGAAAUGGUUGGGACGAAAAACUGGUUUGUACGUCAUUGACGACAGAUCGUUAGCCGAACCAAAGGAGCAGGUUGACACGCCAAUCCCUGCCUUGAGCUCCGAAUAUGCUCUCCUCAAAACCCUUCCAGUAAGAAACCCAGUAUUUCGCACUCUGGAGCAAAGCAUUGAAAAACUGUCGGUAUUUCGGGAAUUAAGGGACGACAUUUCGGAAAAAGAAGCCAUGAAUAACUUCAAAAAGGCAGAGCUGGCGAUUGAAGACGCCAUAAAGGCGACGGAAAUGAAGCGAGCCCAACUACAACCUGUUUUCUAUCCCGAAGACAGCACGGAAGUUGCAAUUGCAAAAGGAGAGCGAGGAGAAGGACUUAUUGAAACGCUUUUGGGGGAUCUGGAUUCUGUACUUGUUGCUUUGAAGAAGAAGAAUUCUACGCUAGUGACAGAAAGGGAGAAAUCUUCACUGCUUACAUUAGGACGUCUUGGUGAGCUCUUGGUUAGGGAAUUCCCAUACCGUGUCCCUUCCACUGGAAGAUUUUCCUUUCUACCUCGUCUAUUGGGUCGUGCUACGGUGACGUUUCGCAUACGACGAAAGAAUAAAGUUCUUGGGAAUAUUACCAUUGUGGCGGAUGGCUUCACGGCUCCCAUUACGGCUGGCAAUUUUGUUGAUCUUUGCUUACGAAAUUUUUACACUGGUCUUCCAGUCAAAACGAUGAACAAAAAGUUUGGGCCCACAUCGGGACCUGUAUCGGUGCCCAUCAAUGUCUUGGGAUCCUAUGAUGAAGGUUUCUAUAGUCCACUGACAGGCAAGCUGCGACGGGUUCCGCUAGAGAUUAUCCGGCUGGAGCGUCUAAGUGGCGCCGCGAAAUUAUCCUAUUCGUUUUUACGGCCAGAUUUUACCUCGCUGGAUGUUUUAAGUUUUGGAUCGAGUAGCUUCACCCAAGGUGUUUCAGCUGCAGCAUUUCCCGAGGCUGGACAGGGAGUUUCACUGAUACCCUCCAUGAACAGUAAGCCGUUGCUUACAUUUGAUGUUCCUGGUUUGGUCGCAAUGAAUCAUCCAGAUAACUAUCCGAAUGGAGGCUCCUCAGAGUUCUUCGCUCUUCAGGAGGACGACCUUCCCAAUGGAAAGCGAAAAUUGUUGGACAAUCAAUAUGCACCUUUUGGAUUCAUUAUCAAUGGCAUGUCAAUAUUUCAAUCUUUGCAAGCUGACGACGUAAUCGAUGCAACAUUUGUUGACGAUUUCGGAAAGUUGAAUCUCGUUCAAGUGAGAAGUUCAACCUUUUCUGAUGUUGUCCAGGGAACCGAAGCAGCAUCAUCAUAA